AUGGAGGUAAAGAGAGAGAGCAACAAGAGAGAAGUAAAGGAGAUUUACACAGUUUUGUUCACAGCUGGAACUGCUCUUCUGAUGGCAUGUUUGAAGAGAGCUGUGAUGUUGAUGCUGAUUGAGCAAUGGCGCUUGUGGGUCUUCCUUGUGCUCAAUCUUGUCCUCCUGGCGAUUUUCUUCACUUCAAUGCACUCAAUUUCAAGGGAUGAACAAACCCUACAAGGCCAUGGCAAUGUGCAGAGCAAAAAAGGCUAUGGUGGGUGUGAAAUUGUUGAAGAUAGGAGCGACAAUGUGAAGACUGAGAGAAUGAGAAGACAUAGACAAGAAUGUGUUGAAGUUCUUGAAGCUCAGAUAUUGACUGAAAAUGAACAGGAGGGUGUUGUUGAAGAAGAUUGUGAAGAGGGUCCAAGGCUUUCAAAGGAGGAGUUGAAUGAAAGAGCUGAAGCAUUCAUUGCAACAUUUAGGCAACAUUUAAUUUUAGAUGCAAGAAAAGGCAGAGACAUCAACAUUCAUAACAGAAGAGGUCUAAUUAAUAUUGAACUUUAA